CGUAGCAGGAGGAGGCAGGCAGCACACGGCGGAGCCCCGAGGGCAGAGCCUGCCCCCCUGUGAGCGCAGGACGCCCGGAGCUGGGGGGUCCCUCGGCACGGACACGCCGGAGGGCAGCGCCCGGGACAGCACCGAGCCUGCAGGGCGCAGCGGGCGGCCAUGAGGAAGCAGCAGAAGAAAAGCAAAGGGGAGCCCAAAUCCGGCCCGGAGGAGGAAUCCCACACUUGUUGUGGCUGCCGGUUCCCGCUGCUGUUUGCUUUCUUGCAGCUGGCAUUGGGCACCGCUGUCACGGUGCUGGGCUUCCUGAUGGCAGGCAUCAGCUCCUCUCUGCCAGUCAGAGACACUCCGUACUGGGCUGGGAUCCUUGUCUGUGUGGUGUCCUUGGUGGGAUUUGUGAUGCUUUGUACUUCCUACCAGCCUGAGGAGAAGACGUGCCUGCAGUUCACAGUCAAGCUGAUGUACUUCAUCCUGAGUGCCCUGGCUCUGGUUGCCUGUGUUUUGGCCGUGGCUUUUGCUGCACACCACUAUGUGCAGAUGACCAAAUUCACCUGUGACAGCCUCCUCGAGUCCUGCCACUGCAAGCUGGACAUGGAAGACCCUCUUGGGAGGACCUUCGUCUACCAGGACGCCACUGACUGCGGCAGCCUCACCAGCAUGCUCAGCCUCUACUUGCUGCUGCAGAUGGGCCUCAACCUGGCAGCAGCCCUGGUGUGCCUGGCAGCCUGCUUCGUGGUGUGGAAGCACAGGUACCAGGUCUUCUAUGUGGGCGUUCGGUUCUACCCCCUGGCUGCUGCCGAGGGCCAGCAGCAGAAAGCAUAGGGGCUGGGAUGGGCUGGGGGGGCUGCAGCCAGGCAUGGGGAGAUGUCUGCAGGGCUGCCACCACACACACCACCAAGGGAUGAGUGCUGGUAAGGGCUCUGACAGGAGAAAGCAUUCUCACUUUUAAUGAAGAGAUUUGGUAUAGUUUGAAGAGCACUUCAUGUGGCUGCUCCUGUGAGAUGAGGCAGAGGUCACAAAGCCUAAAGAUGCAGCUGCACAAAUACUCGCAGGGAGGAUCCUGAAUAGCCACAGACAAAAUG